AUGUCCCAACUCAAGACCUAUCUGGACCUCGUCAAAACGACCGACAACUACCCUCUAGUGGACAUUACCCAACUGCCCUAUGCUGAAGACCCCGAGAAAGGACUCUAUCAGCUCCUGCUGCCUAAUGACCUGCGCCCACAUGGCUUCAUGCUCCCCUCGGUAGUCCGGCAAAUGCCAUGGACAUCCGACUUCUCUAUAAGUCACGAACGCCCUAGGACCGUGCAGCUCCUCGACGGCUCGAACGGGUCCAACACGGCAGAAGUUUGUAAUGCCGCCUUCAAAAAGGUCAUAGACAAGGCCCAGGAGGCCCAGGUCUUCGCGAAUCUGCACAAAGUGUGGCCAGAAGACUACAAAGUACUGGGAGCCAAGUACGAAGGCCGGGUCCAGCUCCUGCGCGCGGCAGCUAGUCUAUUCGGCGUCUCAUGCCGCGGCGCUCACAUGACCGUGUAUACCCGUACGGAAUCGGGCGAGCUCAAGAUCUGGGUCCCCCGACGAAGCAAACUCAUGCAGACCUGGCCAGGCAAGCUUGACACCACCGUCGCUGGGGGCGUGAGAGCCGAGGAAAGCCCCUUCGAGUGCAUUGUCCACGAGGCUGACGAAGAAGCGUCCCUGCCCGAGGCUAUGGUCCGUAAGAACGCCCGGCCCGUCAGCGCCAUCACCUAUGUCGCCGAGAGCGCGGCUGGGUCUGGUGGCGAGUUUGGGCUAUGCGUGCCGGAUGUGUUGUAUUGUUACGAUCUAGAGGUGGGCCAAGACGUGGUGCCUCAGCCACAAGACGAGGAGGUUGAGGCAUUCUAUCUCAUGAGCGUGGAUGAAGUCAAGGACGCUCUCCUACGAGAGGAGUUCAAAACCAACUGCGCUUCGGUCAUGAUUGAUUUCUUUGUCCGUCAUGGUAUUAUAAAUGACGAUAACGAGCCGGACUACCUCGAGAUCGUCACCAGACUACAUCGUCCUCUCCCGGUCCCAACAUCCGCCGCUUGA